UUCCAAGGUAAGUACUAGCAGUGCAUCUUUGAGCUCUCAUAGUGCCAUUGAUGAUAAUGCUUCUCUUGCUCUAAAUUUAGGCAGCGGAUGCAUGGAUGUUUUGAAGGAAUUUGACACUUUUCAAAGUUUAGAAUUCAUUGGCAGAGCUCAAAAGAGUCAAUUAGAGCUAUAUUUGGAAGAACCAACAAUUGAUAGAAUAACAAAAUUGGAUGUUCUCGGGUUUUGGAAAGCUCACCAAUUUAGGUAUCCUGACCUUGCACAAAUGGCUAGAGAUAUCUUGAGUGUUCCAAUUUCUACAGUUGCUUCUGAAUCAACUUUUAGUACCAGUGGUAGGAUACUUGACCAAUAUCGCAGUGUAAUGAAGCCUGAUGUUGUUGAGGCAUUAGUUUGUUGUAGAGAUUGGUUAGCUGGAGGGAAAGAAACUACUGAGGUGGGGUUGAAUGAUUUGACUGAAAAUAUUAUGAAUUUAUUCACAAAUGAGGAUACUGGAUCAAAAUCUACUGCAACACAUGAUUGAUGAUUCUAAUGAAAAGUUUGACUCGGUACAAAGGAGGAGUAAAACAAUGGAGAAGUGGAGCUUGAAAUUGAAAGUUAUUUUGUGAAGCUUGAAAACUUUUUUAUUUUGUAUUGAUAUCAUAAAUUUUCUUGUAUAGAC